AGUUACUGCGCAGCGGCGCUGUGGGUUGGACUGAAUUGCAUUAACAGUGAAGCCGAAGACGCCCACGGCGCCUCCGUCAGGCAGUCGCAUAACUCCACUUCACAUAACUCGGAAAAAAGGGUCAAUCGGACCGACAUAAACUGGAGGGGAUCGAGGAUUUCUGAUCGGAAGCGAAGAUUAACACCCAAGGAGCCACCGAACAAAGUCAGAGGCCAUGCAUUCGCAAGUUGGAUUUACCAGCAUGAUGUUCCAGAGCAUAAAUGAAGACCUCAACGCAUCCUUGGCCACAGCGGACGAACUGUCCCGCGAGUUCAACAGUCUGCUCCAGGAGUGCUCCCCUACUGUGGACCGUAGUCAGGAAAAACCUCUGUUCCCUGAGGAGAUCCCCCAGAAGGCUCUAGAAACCAGCUUCUCCUCCACCUCCAGCUCCCAGUCCACAACCAGCUCCCAGUUUACACCUGGCUCUCAGUCCCAGUACACAACCAGCUCCCAGUUUACACCUGGCUCUCAGUCCCAGUACACAACCAGCUCCCAGUUUACACCUGGCUCUCAGACCCAGUACACAACCAGCUCCCAGUUUACACCUGGCUCUCAGACCCAGUACACAACCAGCUCCCAGUAUUCAUCCAGUUCUCAAUCCCAGCAUGCAACAAGCUCCCAGUAUUCUCCAAGCCCUCAGCCCCCGUAUACAACCAGCUCCCAGUACACACCCGGGUCUCAGUCCCAAUAUUCAACCAGCUCCCACUACGUGCCCAGCUCCCAGUAUACAUCUGGCUCUCAGUCCCAGUAUACAACCAAGUCCCAGUACUCGCCCAGCUUCAGCAGUCGCUCCAUGGAUCCUGGACCCAGCAGUCCCUAUGCUGCCCCAUCCCCCAGCUUUCCCAGCAGGUUCUUCUCCUCACAGGGGGGGUUCACAUCCCUUAAUCGCCCCCCUGCCAAUUCCAGCUUCAGUGGCGAUCACCUGAGCCUCACAACCCAAUCGCCUAAAUCUCAGAGGCGUGUGUCCCCCACUCACAUUCCCACGUACUCUAGCGGUCCGAUUCAAGUACCACGCGGCUCUUCUGGUUACGUAGACGAGACCCCCCCCCUGGGGCCCCACGCCCCAACCUACGAGCAGGUCCCCCGCAUCACUGUGCAGCCUCCCCCCGGGGCUGGGCUUCCUUUUGAGGGCAGCCUCAGGAGAGAAAGAAGCCCCUCCCCUCACAGGUUCAACCCAUCUGCCUCCAGCACUUUGCCUCGCAACUUCAUGUCCCCCCGGCUGGAAGAUGACAUCAUACCCAGACAAAAAAGCCCCGCCCAGUGGAAUGAGACAGAUCUUGACGUCUCAUACGAGCGGAAGCCACAUCAAACCUACGACAAAGCCGAUUGGAUUAGACCAUCGGUCCCAAACAGCAACUGGAGGGAGACCAACUUGGAUGCGGCCCCCCCAUCCAAAAAGCUCCCGUCCACCUACACGUCCCUCCCCCGUGGCGUGUCGCUUUCGGGGACACCCGAUCGCCCUUCCCCUCUCCUCGCAUCCCGUAGCUCCUCAACCUACAACCCCCAGCCAAUCAUCUCUCGGAUCUCCAUCCCACCUGCUGUCAGCAAGCCUCGCCGUAGCCGCCCCAUCCCUUUGUCCAUCAUCAUGCGCCUCCAGAACCCAAACUACCCCAUGCCAUACAGCUGUUACCCACACCGAGAGGAGGGCCAGUACCAGCCUCCGCUGCCUCUCCCCCAGGACUACCUGCCUCUACCUGCUCCUCCUGAGCAGAGGCAGCCUGAAAUCUACGGGGAAGUCCUCAAUCCUGAUGACGUUGACGCUGAACUGGAGAGACUGGUACCCACAAAGACUCAGGUGUCUCAGAAUGGAGCAGCCUCUGAGACAAGGGGAGAGAAGGCGGGUGAGGCUGAGGCAGAAACCGUGCCCCGACCUCUCAGCCCCACGCGCCUGCAGCCCGUCGUGGCCCCGGAGACGGUGGAGAUGUCUGAGAUCUUCCGCAUCCUCUCUGAGGUCCCCAGGGCGCUCAGGCGGAGGGGCUCUGACCAGGUUACGCCUGUGGAGAAGCCCCCCACCCAGCCUACCAGCCAGUACAAGCAAAUGAUCAAGAAGUUUCUGCGCAGGAAAGGAGAUCAAAAGAUACAACUGAAGGGGGAGCUAGAGAGCGACUCGAACAGCUCCUCAGAGGAUGAGGGCCAAUCGAUUACACCGCUGCCCCCAGUGGCCCCAGUGUCAUCCCCACGGGACCCUGCAGGGCAGAAGGGCCUGAACUCUAUCCUGAGGCAGCGUAAUCGGGAGCGUAAGACCCCCGGGCGCCGGGCGCGGCUCAGCCCGCUGGUGCUCCUGCUGGACGGUUCCUUAGUCGGGGAGCUGGAGACCGUGCAGAAAGCCCUCCAGGAGAUGACCGAUCCCAGUCAGCCCAACGAUGAGGGUAUAACAGCGCUGCACAAUGCCAUCUGCGGGGGACACUACCCCAUUGUGGACCUCCUGGUCCGUAACGGCGCCAAUGUCAGCGCCCCAGACAGCCAUGGCUGGACCCCCCUGCACUGCGCUGCCUCCUGCAAUGACCUGCACUUGUGUGAGUACCUAGUGAGGAGCGGCGCUGCCGUGAUGGCAGUCACAGAGAGCGAUGGGGCCACCGCCUCCCAGAAGUGUGACCCUUUCGCAGUAGAGUUCGAAGAGUGUGAAGGCUUCCUGAGAGGUGUGGAGGAAGCCAUGGGGGUAGACAAUAGCGGAGUGCUGUACGCUUUGUGGAGUUACCCGGCCCAGAACUCGGACGAGCUGAGUUUCCGCGAGGGGGACAUGGUCACCAUCCUGCAGAAGCCGGAGCAGGGCGACUGGUGGUGGGCCUCCCUCUGCGGGAGAGAGGGAUUCGUCCCCAACAAUUACUUUGGGCUGUUUCCAAAGGUUCGCAACAAGUCCUUGUGUUAGAUUCUCCUCCCCUGGAUGUUCUACAGAAACUUGGAGGAUAUGUGGGUGCUGUUCGGGAGGAACUGCACCGUAUGCCAAUGAGGCCAUAAUGAUAGAGCCAGCAGGACAUCCAGGGUCUUCUGUUUGACCAGAACAAGCCCAUCGCUGCACAUGGCCCAUUGCUGCACACGACUAAUCCCUGUGUGUCUUCAGAGCUUUGGGCUGUCUGUGUAAUCUUUGAUAACAGACUGCUCUAUGCUAAUACUUGCAUCUUUGUAUGUUGAGAUUUCCAUACACUCCAGAUAUCAUAGAACUUUUGUUCUCCCACCUCUGGCCUUUAUUGAGUCCUUGAGAAGCACUUUAUCUUUUUAAAGAUACAAGACAAUAAGAAAAAUACGGAAACUCACUCUCAACACUUCGUCAGUGUGCAUCAACUUAACAUAACCAAUGGGUCAGUGUUGUUUUUUUUUUUAACAGUACCUUUUUAAAUAACCUGCAGCCAACAGUUUGCUGGAGUGCUUAAUCAAAGUGCUGUCAGUGAGGGAACUGAGAUGUUUUCCAACCCAAACCGCUGAAAAGGAGCCUGGUGACUCAGUGAGGGCUGUGCCGUCACCCGAGGGCUGUGCGGCUAACAGAAGAGGCUUUAUGGAGUUGUUGUUUCUUUGAGAUCCAGAACUGCUUUGAGGGUUCUCUCUCCUCCCCUCCACCUGGACAUUUUCAGUGGCAGGUUUCUGCAGUUAUAUACUGGUAAUACGUCACGAAACAGCAGGGAUGCAGGACAGCGCCUCUCUCUUGUUUAUUUGUAUCUCCAUGGGUCAGGGUCUAUGCUUAUAACCUGAUAGUAUUUAACCUGAAUAGUGACAGUAAGACGUCCAACUGUAUUAAAGCAGUGGGUAAAAAUAAUGUGUGUAGUUUUGGAUGCAAAGGUCAGUUAAGCAAUGAAACAUUGAUAGAGAAUUUAUUAAUUAAGUGAUGCCUUGUAUUAUGGAUAUACAAAGCAACCAGUUUUAUGAGUUUUUAUUUUCGUUUGGUUCUCGCUUGAAUGUUAACUUCAUUUUAAUUCAACAGAUGCUUUUGUAUUUUCUUUAGCAUGUGAAAUAGGAAAACAAAUGAUGUCCCUGUCCAUUUUUAUGAAACCUACAGUGUAUUGUGGUAAGAUGUACAGUAUGUGUCCACAGGCUUCAUUAUUACUGUUAAUGAUGACAUAUUUUUCUUCUGAAUCGUAAUGCUGUGCUGGGAUUUCACGGGGGCAAUUCGGGCUUCACCUGCACGUGUCAGCCUACUCGCGCGCAAAUGUGAAUGUACGUUACAUCUGACGGGGAUUUCCGUCAUGGAGAUUUUAGCGGGAAGCUAACUAGUGAAACGGUUAUAAUAAUAAGUGAUAAGGAAUAGCAAAGAAUGAUGUCACCCUGAAAAAAGACCGCCAUGAUCUGUAUUGCCUGAACGGAAUCCAUUAAAGUUAUUUAAGUGCCGCUGAUAA